UGUCGCGUCGCCGUUAGCAACGCCGACAGCGUGAUGCGCGUGAUCGCUGCCGACGGCUUCAUCGCCAUGACGACCGAGCAGACGGCAGCACUGGGCGUGGUAGACAUCGAGGACGACGAGGAGCCUCUGCCGGACGCCGUCGUGUUGUUCUGGCGCCCCCUGGUGAGGGCGCUGCAUUCGCACGGCCUCGUCCCGCUCACCGCCCUCUCCCUGCUCGAGGCGUUGCGCGAGGAGGAGCACGUGGCGCCAUCUAGGAGGGCGACCAUCCUCAAGUGGGUCGCGAGGAUACUCGAGGACAGUAGCUGCAGAGUGCUGCCAUCGAGUCGUCGGAGAGUGAACCUGUUUGCCCGGCGCACGAAGGCGGCUGACUGGCGACCGGUGCUGCGUCUGCUGCUGCAGCUGCCCUGCCGUCUCACAGCGGCCAUGUUGAAAAGGCACCACAGAAGACGGGGAGAACGGAGGAGGAAGCGCAAAAACGGGGAAACAAGAACUCUGGAGAAAAACCAAAGAAUAGGCAACCUGGGCAAUGAGGAAGCAGGAGUCGACCUUGAACAAAGUGUCAAUGACAAUGUAGAGGUCAAAGAAACGAUCGGCAAUUGUUUCCGGGAAGAGGCAUUCUGGGACGAAGCGCAGAUGAACGACAUAAAGAAACACUUGAACAUCUAUUAA